CGCACACUGGAUACGCAAAUUUUUUCCCCCGUAAGGGCAUGUAGCUCAUUUGCUGUGCUUACCUCCCAUGGCGUCGAUAUGUGGCAUCCACUCCCAUUAUUCUGCCGUCAAAAUCAGGAGACUCCCUCUCGCAAAUCUGUUUUCCCGGCGAGACCCCUCUUUCCUUCCGAUCGCGUCGGCUGGCCGUCCCAUCCAGUCGGCCCAAGCCGUCGCUAGGGAUAUUCCGGCAGCUCUAUCUUCAGUCUCCAAUUGCCCAGAGUGGAAGACCGCCACCAUUGAGAAGGAUCCUGUUAGCCUUUGGCAUCGGUAUGUGGAUUGGCUAUAUGAGCAUAAGGAGCUUGGGAUUUACCUUGAUGUGAGCCGGAUUGGCUUCACGAACGAGUUCUUUGAGACAAUGGAACCUAGGAUGCAGAGAGCAUUCAUGGCAAUGCAGGAUCUUGAGAAGGGCGCCAUUGCAAAUCCAGACGAGGGCAGGAUGGUGGGGCACUACUGGUUGAGAAAUGUGGCUCUAGCUCCCAAUUCAUCCUUGAGGUCGCAGAUUGAGCAGACUCUGAACGCUAUAUGCGAGUUUGCAGACAAGAUUAUCAGUACUAAGAUGAAGCCCCCAUCAUCUCCCCAUGGGCGUUUUACCCAAGUUCUCUCUAUUGGUAUCGGAGGUUCUGCACUUGGUCCUCAGUUUGUUGCUGAAGCACUAGCCCCUGAUAAUCCACUUCUGAAGAUAAGGUUUAUUGACAAUACAGAUCCGGCUGGAAUUGAUCGUCAAAUUGCACAGCUUGGACCAGAAUUAGCAUCUACUCUUGUAAUUGUAACAUCAAAGAGUGGAGGCACUCCUGAAACUCGAAAUGGUUUGUUAGAAGUGCAAAAGGCAUUUCGAGAUGCUGGGCUAGAAUUUCCCAAACAGGCUGUCGCUAUCACCCAAGAAAAUUCCUUAUUAGAUAAUACUGCUAGAAUUGAGGGAUGGCUAGCUAGGUUUCCUAUGUUUGAUUGGGUGGGUGGUAGAACAUCAGAAAUGUCUGCAGUUGGCUUACUUCCAGCUGCACUACAGGGUAUUAACAUCAGAGAAAUGCUUGUCGGUGCAUCGUUGAUGGAUGCAGCUAAUCGCACGACUGUGGUGAAGAAUAAUCCAGCAGCCUUGCUUGCUUUCUGUUGGUAUUGGGCAACUAAUGGAGUUGGUUCGAAGGAUAUGGUUGUUCUUCCCUACAAGGAUAGCUUACUUCUCUUUAGUCGAUAUUUGCAGCAACUAGUCAUGGAAUCACUUGGAAAAGAAUUUGACCUUGAUGGAAAUCAGGUUAACCAAGGAAUUACUGUAUAUGGAAACAAGGGAAGCACAGAUCAGCAUGCCUACAUUCAGCAACUUAGAGAAGGGGUGCAUAAUUUCUUUGUUACUUUCAUUGAAGUCUUGCGAGAUCGCCCCCCAGGUCAUGACUGGGAGCUUGAACCAGGAGUAACAUGCGGUGACUACCUAUUUGGAAUGCUUCAGGGCACACGCUCAGCUCUUUACGCCAAUAAUAGGGAAUCCAUAACCGUUACUGUGCAAGAGGUGAGCCCAAGAUCAAUUGGGGCACUUAUUUCUCUUUAUGAACGAGCUGUCGGGAUCUAUGCAUAUCUAGUCAACAUUAAUGCUUAUCAUCAACCUGGUGUAGAGGCUGGUAAGAAGGCGGCUGGAGAAGUAUUGGCUCUUCAGAAGAAGGCUCUAUCUGUUCUAAAUGAGGCCAGUUGUAAAGAUCCAGUGGAACCUUUGACGCUGGAUGAAAUUGCAAAUCGAUGCCAUGAACCUGAGCAGAUUGAAAUGAUAUACAAGAUAAUCGUGCAUAUGGCGGCUAACGACAGAGCUAUAAUAGCUGAAGGCAACUGUGGGUCGCCUGGAAGCAUCAAGGUCCUCCUUGGUGAAUGCAAUGUAGAUGAUUCGUAUGCCUAAAUGCUUUUGGCUACACAGCAUCAUUUAUCGUUGGUGGUGUUUAGAAGGAACUAUUUGCGCAGAAUACUUGCGAGAUGUAUUUGCCCAAUCAAGGAUAUGCCGAAGACUACAUCUACGGUGCAUGCUUAUUUAUUUUACCCAUCGAGAUAUGUUCUGGAGUCUUUAAUUAUCAACGAAUAUAUAUAUCAACUCUUAAUAUAUUAGUAAAAUAAGUAUUUUACUUAAUGGUUAUAUGCAUGAUCAUAAAUGUUAUUAGAGUUUGAUGAUUAUUAAUGUAAUAAUAAACCUUGUUAGUGCUGUUAUAUAUGAGGGCAGUCUUUAAAAAAAUAGUAUUCCAGUUUUUUUUUUAUAUAUAUACAUUAAAAUUGA